AUGCUUGCUACCGAAACCCUCCAACUUCAGUCAAAUCACCUGCCUGCUGAUUAUGAGAGGCACAGGAAUAGCAUAUUCGCGAACAAACAGCAAAUAUCCUUUCUACCUUGGCCACGACCAGCUCCGGUUCUGGUUGAGGAUGUGCAUUCAGAAGAACAUGUGGAAAUCGAAGAGAAACAGCUGCUGUUGCAGCCGGAAGUUCAGACAGAAAAACACCAGCAGCAAAUGAUAUGCCCCUACACAGCGCAACUCAAGGCCGAAGAGGUCAUGAACAUAGUUGAAGGCUAUGGAUAUCACGAAAAGACAGGUCCAGCAGGAGAAGCUUGGUUGGGACGAGAAUCUUUCACUCCCCGAGUACAGAAACGUAUCGUUGCCAACGAGAUUAUUCCUAUGGUACUACCGGCUUUCCCGAUGAAGAGUAACAACCGUAUGGAUAAGGUUUUGGCUGCACUACCUGAUCUCGGAGAAGAGCUGGGACUGGCUCGAUUGGCAAAUCUUUGUUCUGAUAUCAAGGCUGUCUAUCCCGCUGGAGCAUUAGUGGUGAUUGUCACUGAUGGAUUAUGCUACAAUGACCUCGUUGGUAUUUCUGAUGGAGAAGUAUGGGAAUACGGACAUCGUCUUCGACAAAUUGCUCGAGAGAAAGGAUACGCAUGUAUCCGCUUCAAUCGUAUCAUGAACUUACUGGGCAUUUAUAGGGGUGCGGAGAUCUCCAAAGGAGAAUACACCCAGCUUUGCGAUAAAGCUCGAUCCGAACUCCAUCGUCGUUAUGGUCGUCCUGGAUUUGAUGUUGACACGUUCCUCAAAACUGAUGAGGAUUAUUUGAGGACUUAUAACGGAUAUGACAAAUUCAUGAAGUCUGAUCUUCGCUUCAGUCCGGUGACCAAGAACUGUCCAGGGCCGAAACAAUACAAGAAGAAAGUCAAACUUAUCGCAAAAUCAAUGAUUGUACGAGGAGUGGAAUUCGCCGAAUUGGUUCGCCAAAUUUACCCUGAUAGCCUACGUCUCUCUAUCCAUCCUUCGUCCGGUCAAACCAAGCUUUCAUGCCCACUUAUCCCGCAGCCAAACUCAUUCUCCAUGAGUCCCUGGCACAGCACGGUGGCCGUGACAAGAAACGGCACGUUCAUUACCGCACACAAGUCACAGCAUCGGGAGGAUGACAAGUAUACACUUGUUUAUCGAGAUGAUCAGCCGUACUAUUUCCGCGAGAAAUCUGACCUGUUUGAGUGGAAGAGCUCAAAUGUGGAGUUUGAACAUCACUAUAAACAACACUUGGUGAUUAGAGACAAGUCUGUACAGAAAGAAGAGUGCUUUUGUAUAGAUUGCUCCAAUGGCUCGGUUUCGGAUGGCAAUCACUCCACCAGCCAAGCUGGGGAGCUCUCUGAAGCAGACCUGGACAAGUUGGCCAAGUUGACAAUUCUGCAUAAGAGUGUCAAGUUUAUGUCCGACAAGUGA